AUGGGCCUGGCCAUGGCUCCGGCCGCCGUCCUUGCCCUUGCGGUGCGUGUCUGCGCCGCCGCCGCCGCCCUCGCAAAUCCCGUCUUCAGCCAGGGCAUCGAGACGCGGGCCGAACUCCGCUCGCCGGGGUACUACCCGGCGCCGUACGGCGGAUGGGCCGACGACUGGGUUGAGAGCUAUGCCAAGGCGCGCAAGCUGGUCGACGCCAUGACGCUGGCCGAGAAGACCAACAUUACCAGUGGCACAGGCAUAUUCAUGGGUGCUCGAUGCACCGGCAACACGGGCUCAGUCCCCCGCCUCGGCUUCCCGCAGCUGUGCCUCAACGACGGGCAAAACGGCGUGCGCCAGGCCGACCACGUCACCGUUUUCCCCGAUGCCAUCACCGCCGGCGCCACCUUUGACAAGCAGCUCCUGCGCCGGCGCGCCGAGGCCAUCGGCGACGAGGCCCGCACCAAGGGCGUCAAUGUCUGGCUCGGCCCCACGGUCGGCCCCAUGGGCCGUAAGCCAAAGGGUGGCCGCAACUGGGAGGGCUUCGGCGCCGAUCCCGUCCUGCAGGCCGUCGGCGCCCGCGAGACGAUCCGCGGCGUGCAGUCGCGCGGCGUUAUUGCCACGAUCAAGCAUUUCAUAGGAAAUGAGCAGGAGAUGUAUCGCAUGUACAAUCCUAUUCAGCGUGCCUAUAGCUCCAACAUUGACGACAGAGUCUUGCACGAGCUCUACAUGUGGCCCUUUGCCGAGGGCAUACGAGCCGGAGUCGGCUCCGUCAUGAUGGCAUACAACGCGGUCAACGGCUCGGCGUCCAGCCAAAAUGCGCUCCUCAUCAACGGCCUUGUCAAGGAUGAGCUCGGCCUACAAGGCUUCGUCAUGACCGACUGGCUCGGACACAUGUCGGGCGUGGCUUCGGCCCUGGCCGGCCUCGACAUGGACAUGCCCGGCGACACGCAGGUGCCGCUGGUGGGCGCCUCGUACUGGAUGGGCGAGCUGACGCGCGCCGUCCUGAACGGGUCCGUGCCCGUGGACCGGCUCAACGACAUGGCAACGCGCAUCGUGGCCGCGUGGUACCGCAUGGGCCAGGACCAGCCGAGCCGCUUCCCGGCUACGAACUUUGACACCAACACGCGCCACCGAGAGGGCCUCUUGUAUCCCGGAGCUUGGCCUGACUCGCCCAUCGGCGUGGUCAAUCACUUUGUCCCCGCCCAGGCCGACCACGACGUGGUUGCCCGAAACGUCGCCCGCGAUGCCAUCACCCUGCUCAAGAAUGAGGGCGGACUGCUGCCCUUGUCCCCCGUGGCCCAGGCCUUGCGCGUCUUCGGCACCGGCGCCCAGGCCAACCCGGACGGCCCCAACGCCUGUGCGGACCGCAACUGUAACAAGGGCACUCUCGGCCAGGGCUGGGGUUCCGGCACCGUCGACUACAUGUAUCUCGACGACCCCAUCUCGGCCCUCCGGUCCCGGGCGCGCAACGUCGUCUUCCACAACUCGGAUUUGUUCCCGCCGGUCGUCGACGAGCCCGGCAAGGACGACGUCGCCAUUGUCUUCGUCACCUCCGACGCCGGCGAGAACACGUACAUUGUCGAAGGAAACCACGGCGACCGCGAUGCCUCGGGCCUCUACGUGUGGCACGGCGGGGACCGGCUCGUGCAAGAGGCCGCCAAGCGGUACAACAACGUCGUUGUCGUCAUCCACACCGUCGGACCCGUGCUGCUCGAGCGAUGGGUCGAUCUGCCCUCAGUCAAGUCGGUCCUCAUCGCUCACCUGCCGGGCCAAGAAGCUGGCCGCUCGCUGACCGACGUCCUCUUCGGCGACGUCUCGCCCAGCGGCCAUCUCCCGUACUCCAUCACUCGCCGCGAGGAGGACCUGCCGUGGAGCGUCACCGACCUCGUCGGCUGGGCCGGCCUGAAGCAGCCCCAGGAUCCGUACUCGGAGGGCCUCUAUAUCGACUACCGCUACCUCAAUAAGAAGGGCAUCAAGUCGCGCUACGCCUUUGGCCACGGCCUGAGCUACACCUCGUUUGCUUAUACCAAUGCCACUAUCGCCAUAGUGACGCCGCUCACGCCGACGCCGCCGCCAAGGGCUCCGAAGCGCGGCAUCCUUGACUACUCGCAGUCCAUGCCCGCGCCCGCCGAGGCCGUCCAGCCGUCUGGCUUCCAUACGCACUGGCGCUACCUCUACUCGUGGCUCAGCAACUCGGCGGCCGAGUCGGCCGUCCGUGACGCCGCCACUCGCAAGUACCCGUACCCGGACGGCUACUCGACCGAGCAACGACCUGGGCCCCGCGCCGGCGGCGGCCAAGGCGGCAACCCGGCGCUCUGGGACGUGGCAUACAAGCUGUCCGUCCGCGUCACCAACAUUGGCACUCGCCGAUCCGGCAAGGCCUCGGUGCAAGCGUACCUGCAGUUCCCGGACAAGACGGGCUACGAGAUGCCCGUGAUCCAGCUGCGCGACUUUGAGAAGACCAAGCAGCUCGCGCCGGGGGAGAGCACGACGGACUGGGUGGUGCCGGCUGUCGACGGCGCGUACAGGGUGUGGCUGGGAGCCGCGAGCGAUGACUUGACGACCGUGUGCCGCGUUGACGGGUUGGUGUGCAAUGACGGUGUCAAAGGGCCCGUGUGA